UGCUCCGCAUGCUACGAUAUUAAAGUGAACAUAUAUACAUAUAUAUAUAUACAAAAACAAUGCAGCUAUUAUUUGUCGUGGUGGCCACGGUCGCGAUUUGCGGCUUUGCUCAUGCGCAACAGGGCGUCGAUCCCGCCUAUUUGCGUCAAUAUUAUCAACAAUUGCAACAGCAACAAGCCCGUCCAGAUGAUGGCACACCCAUCUAUGAGCAGAAUUCGGAGCAGACACAACAAUAUGUGAAUGCAGGACAACAGAUUCGUCUCAAGGAUACAGUGCAAGAACAGAUACGUGCCCAACAGCAGCAGCAGCAACAACAGGGCUAUGUGGCUCCCGCAGUCAGAGAUUAUCUACAGCAGCCACAGUAUCAAUCACAGCCCCAGCAAACUGUCUAUCGUCAGCCUGUACACGCUGCUCCUGCUCCGCCACCAAGACGUGUCCAGCCUCAAUAUCAAUCAUCGUCCUCGUCUCUGUUGGGCAAAGGACAACACAAAUUGCAGUCGCUUCAUCAUCAGCAGCAGCAGCAGCAACAAGAGGAGGAGGAGCAAUACGAUGAUGCAAACUCCUCAUACCAGUUUGGCUUCGAUGUGAAAGACGACGAGUUCACCAACUAUCAGAAUCGCAAGGAAGUCCGUGAUGGUUCUGUCAUUAAGGGCAGCUAUUCGGUGGUCGAUUCCGAUGGCUUCAUACGCACCGUAAAGUACACGGCCGAUCCCAAGGAGGGUUUCAAGGCGGAGGUUAUUCGCGAACCAACCGACAUUGUUGUCAAAAUACCAACACCACCACCACCAACGCAAUUGUUACGUGCCGGUGGGCAUAAGGUGCAAUCGGAAUAUAGUUCCGGCAAACAGCAAUAUCAACAGCAGCAGCAGCAGCAGCAACCGCAGUAUCAUCAAUACCAGUGAGAGACACAAUAUUGGCUCUGAGAUCAGAUCUAAGGAGAUUUACUCUGAUUACUUCUUUUGAAAGUUCCGCAAAGUCCAUGUAGUUUGUAAAUACGCCAAUUACGAAGGGGCAGAGAAAUUAUAAUAUUAUUAUUAUAUAUCUUAUAUAUACAUAACACACACAUAUAUCAUCUGCAUCUGCAUCUACAUCAUUUAGUUUAUAGCCUAAAAGCGAAUUUACAUAUUCCCCCUACAAAAAAAUAUCUCCCCUCGCAGAGACACAUUCGAUCAUCGUGAACAAAUUGUACGACAUUCUUUUUUAGAAUAUUGAAUUAAAUUGUGUUUUUUUUUAUAUAAAUUU